AUGAAAAGUUUUGAGUCGAAAGAUAUGAAAGGGCUCAGUGACACGGAUUCUUUAUUUAAAAUGUAUGAGGGGAUGGGAUUUUUAUAUGCAUCACUCAAAAAUAUCCGAAACACAGAAACGUCAUACGUUGAAAACUCAAAAUCACUGAAACAUUACGUCAAAGACACGUUACUCCCAAAAUGUGGGGAUGUAAAAGAAAAGAUUAAUAUUAAUGAUGUGCAAUCACAAAUUGAGACAAUUGAUUUGAAACAAACAGAAGAAGCCGUCAAAUCCGUUUUGGGAUUGAAGGCAUUUGACGAAAUGGAUCUAAAAACACCAACACCGAGUAACGCUAUGUUUUGGGCUGUUUUCUUCGUCACACAAAUUUUCACUGUUAUUGUCUUCUUUUGGACUUCUCAAAAAGAUUCAAAUACGUAUGAUAAUUGA